UGAAAGUAAAGGACAAUUACAAGGGUGAAAGGGAAGGACACGAGUUCGAUAAACUAAGAAAAUGUUCGUGCUUGUUUUGUUCUUGUUGCCAUGUUUAAAAGUCGUCAGUGCAGAUUCUCACUCACUAAUGACUUUUGCAACAUAUAUAGCUGGACAAACACCAUUUCCUGAGUUCAGUGCUGUGCUGAUGUUGGAUGAUGUGCAAAUAGCAUAUUAUGACUCAAACACAUGGAAACUUGUCUAUCACUAUCACAGAGAAUCAAAAUACUAUGACGAAGAGCAAAGCGAUGCUAAAACUAUAUUUCGUGCUUUAUAUAAUUACCUGCAAGGUUUGGAAUCCCAUUAUAAUGAUCACUUCAAUCACUCAGGUGUACGUGUUACUCAGAGACUUGCUGGAUGUGAAUUGUUGAACAAUGAUAAACCUGGUCCACUUCAUAUGUGGGAUGGUUUUGGUGGACAAAACGCUGGGGAGUUCACCUUUGACAUUGAAAAAAAGGCAGUCCAGAAUAAACUGCUAUCAAAAACAUGGGACCAAGCAACACAGCUUCAUGUAAAGUUCAUGCAUCAAAAUGUUUAUCAUCCUAUUUGCAUUAAAACCUUGCGGAGGUUUCUGAACAAGGAAAAGAACAAUGUGAUGAGAAAAGUGAAACCCAGAGUCAGACUCAUGAAGAAGAUGCUCCCAGACUCUCAAGGGCUUCAGAUCAGCUGUCUGGCCACUGGUUUUUACCCCCGUCACAUUAACCUGACCCUGUUCAUGGACGGUCAGCCUGUGGAUGAUGAUCAGAUCACAGGAGGAGAGAUUCUGCCCAACGGAGAUGGAACUUACCAGAUGAGGAAGAGUUUGGUGAUCAGUAAAGAAAAGCUACGUCAAGAACAUAAAUACAACUGCACAAUGCAACGCCUCAAUCUGGACAACAAACUGGACAUUACAUCUGAUGUGGAUGAAUCUGCUCCAGGAUCCAUCAGUCUGUCUGUAGCGAUCAGUGUGCUGGUGGUGUUCAUGUGUGGGGCUGUUCUCAUUAUAACGGCACUCAUCAUAUGGAAGAAGAGACGAGCUACAGGAAAAGGAUCUGAGAAAACACAGAGUGAUUAUUCACUUGCUUCAUCUUCUGCCUCUGAUGAAAAGUGAAGCAAUUCAAGACAAUACAUAUAAAACAGCAUUUGAUUGGUGCAUUACACUUGGUGGAUUUAAUGACCAAGCGAAAUUAGAGUAAAAUUAUAAAUGAAAGUAAUAUAGAUAUGCAACAAUAAAAGAUAAUAUACAGAAUGUAAAAAUAAGCUUGUGUGACCUGAAAUCAUAAUAUUGUUAAAGAACAUAAUUUUAUUACUAGUACAUGCUGAUUUGUUUAAUUAUUGUGUUAUAUUUCUGUAUUCUAUACAUGCAUAACAAUAACAACAUUUAUGUAUGUAUGUGUUGGUCUAAAAAAAAGAAGUUGUUUCCUGGUUGCCUUAACAUUUUUAUUA